AUGAGUGCGUCUCAGAACGGCGCCGAGUCGAAGCGACAUUUGGUGGUUGCCCCAAAAGCUGGGGUAUUGCAAAUGGAAAUUUUGUGUGGCCAGUUGUCGUUGUUUGCUGGAGCUCACGCUGUCGGUGCGAACGGUACGGGACUCGAACCAGUCGCCCGGAUCACAUGUCUCCGUGCAGUUAUCCGCAAACCGGCGGGCGGUUCUUUGUAA